AUGGCGCCUGAUACAUCUUCUAUACCGGGUUAUACCAUUUUCCGUGAGGACGAUUAUGGGUCCAGUUCUGCUGCUAGCCAGAUCACUGGAAAACAACCGCAUCCACUAGAUCAACUGAGCAUCGAGGAAAUCCCCCUCGCCGCAAAACUGAUCCGCGAAUUCGCAUCCCCAAAACAAGUCAAAUUCAACUGCAUCACGCUCCGCGAACCGCUCAAGGCCGAGUAUGCCGCAUACCGCCAGGGCCUGGGCCCCCGACCUGACCGUCGCGUGUUCGCGAUUGUGCUCGAAGUCGGAACUGCCAACUGCGCCGAAGUAGUCGUGAAUCUGAACAAGGCCACCGUCGAGGAAUGGAAGGAAGUCAAGGAAGUUAUGCCAACCCUCACCCUCGAGGAUUUGGAUAUCAUGGAACGCAUCUGUCGUAAAGACCCGCGCGUCAUCCAGGCUUGUAAAGAGAUUGGGAUUACGGAUAUGUCCAAAGUCUUUAUUGAUGGAUGGGCAAUUGGUGUUGAUGAGCGAUGGGGUUUUGAUCGCCGACUCCAACAAGGUUUGGCGUACUAUCGCUCAUCCGCAUUUGACAAUCAGUACGCUCAUCCGCUCGAUUUCUCGAUUGUGGCCGAUACGGAAACAGAAGAGAUUCUCAGCGUGGAUGUCCGCACUGUCAAUGGAGAGCGGACGCAGGUCAAUCUCGAAGGAUCGAAUUAUCUGCCUGAGUUCAUCUCUGAUGGGUACAAGCAUGAUCGUUUGAAACCGAUUAACAUCACGCAGCCGCAAGGUGUCUCCUUUCGCAUGCGUGGGAAUGAGUUGUCCUGGGCUGGGUACAAGAUGCAUAUUGGUUUCAACUACCGUGAAGGUAUCGUCAUUUCGGACGUGCGUAUCGACGAUCCAUACCAGGAGCGAGAACGGACCCUCUUCAAUAGGAUUAGUGUUGUCGAGAUGGUUGUUCCUUACGGCAGCCCUGACACCCCUCAUCACAAGAAGCAUGCUUUCGAUGUUGGCGAGUAUGGUUCAGGCCUAAUGACGAACUCGCUGAAAUUGGGUUGUGACUGCAAGGGCGCUAUCCACUACCUCGAUGCCAUCGUGUCAACGGCCAAGGGAGAAGCAGCCAUGAUCAAAAACGCAAUCUGUAUUCACGAAGAGGACAACGGAUUGCUUUUCAAGCAUACCGAUUACCGCGACGGAACCGUCAUUUCAGCUCGUGAUCGCAAAUUGAUCAUUUCUCAGAUUAUCACCGCUGCAAACUACGAGUACGGGUUCUACCAUACCUUUACGCUUGAUGGUACAUACAAACUCGAAGUCAAGCUUACCGGUCAACUGAACACAUACCCCAUGCAYCCCACCGAACAAGCCGCUCCCUGGGGCACCGAAGUCCAGCCUCGCAUCAAUGCGCAGAACCAUCAACACAUCUUCUCGCUACGUAUUGACCCCGAAAUCGACGGCACCAACAACACCGUCAUCCAAUCCGAUGCCCACCCCUCCGACGAACCUGUCGGGUCACCCAACAACUACUACGGCAACGCAUUUUACGCCAAAAAGACACCCCUCCGCACCGCCCUCGAAGGCGCAGCAGACUACUGCCACGAGACAAGUCGAUCAUGGGACAUCGUAAACCCCAACAUCAUCAAUGAGAUAUGCCACAAACCCGUCGGCUACAAGAUCCUCAACAACAACUGCCCGCUCCUCCUACCCAAGCCGGGUAGCGUCGUCUGGAAACGCGCCGGCUUCGCACGCAAAGCGCUCUGGGUCGUUCCAUACAAGGACUACGAGCUUUUCCCUGCAGGCGACUACGUCUGCCAAUCUGACGGCCGCGACAACCACCCACACAACCAAACCGUCGUCGACUGGGCAAACCGCAACGAAUCAAUCGAAAACACAGAUAUUGUCUGCUACCUCCAGUUUGGUCUCACCCAUUUCCCGCGUCUUGAGGACUAUCCGAUCAUGCCUGCUGAGCCAGUGAGCAUCAUGUUGAGAGCGUCGAAUUUCUUUGAGAAGAAUCCGGCACUCUGGGUGCCACCGUCGGCGAUCUGUGUGGAUACGGUUUCGCAUGAUGCUUUCCCUUCGGCGGGGAAGUGUUGUGCUGGUGGUAGUGGAAAGGAAGGGGAGCAUCAGUCUAGAUUGUAA